AUGGGAAACUGCCAUCGCAACCCGAGGUUGGCGAAGACAAGAAAAGUAGAAAAGGAAAAGGAACUUUUGGAUGUAUUCAGGAAAGUAGAGAUUAACAUCCCCCUACUGGAUGCAAUCAAGCAGAUACCAAAAUAUGCCAAAUUUUUGAAGGACUUGUGCACCCACAAAAGGAAGCUAAGGGGAGAUGAACGAGUGGCGGUGGGAGAAAAUGUGUCAGCCAUGCUCCAAAGGAAACUCCAACCAAAAUGUGGAGACCCAGGUAUGUUCACCAUUCCCUGCAAGAUAGGAGGUGUCUCGAUUAGGAAGGCAAUGUUGGAUUUAGGGGCGUCAAUCAAUGUAAUGCCUAAAACAAUUUAUACGUCCCUUAAUCUUGGUCCAUUAAAAGGCACAGGCAUUAUAAUCCAACUUGCAGACCGCAUCAAUGCUUACCCAGAAGGGUUAGUUGAAGAUGUUUUGGUGCAGGUCAAUGAGUUAGUUUUUCCUGCAGUUUUCUAUGUCCUAGACAUGGGGGAUGAAAGGGCACUAAAUCCGUCUCCUAUUUUGUUAGGUAGACCAUUUUUAAGCACUGCUAGGACCAAAAUAGAUGUAAAUGAGGGUACUUUGUCGAUGGAGUUCGAUGAGAAAAUUGUAAAUUUUAAUAUUUUUGAUGCGAUGAAGUACCCAAAUGAGUCUAACUCUGUUUAUGCUUUAAGUGUUGUUGAGCCCCUUGUGCAGGAAAUAUUUGAAUUGGAGGGGGUUGAUGCACUAGCAGUGGCAUUAGCCAAACAUCUUGAGUUGGGAGCAACUCCUGAUGUGGGACUGAGCGAUGAGUUAUAUUGUGCAGUUGGAGCACUGCAUUCGCUUCCACCAAUCUCCCCGAGGUAUGAGCUUACGUCUGUUUUCGUACCAGAAACUCAGACGAAAUUGUUGCCUUCAAUUAUGCAGGCACCUGAGUUGGAGCUCAAGCCUCUUCCGAAAUACCUGAAGUAUGCAUUUCUCGGAGAUAAUGAGACGUUACCAGUCAUCAUAUCUGCACACUUAUCACCAAGGCAAGAAGACAACCUGAUUCGCCUUCUUCGAGAUCAUAAGGAGGCGAUUGGGUGGAGUGUAGCAGAUAUCAAAAGAAUUAGCCCCUCCUUAUGCAUGCAUCGGAUCCGGCUUAAGGAUGAUGCAAAGCCAGUUAGACAAGGGCAACGGAGAUUGAACCCACUAAUGAUGGAAGUGGUCAAGAAGGAGAUACUUAAACUCCUAGAGGUGGGGAUCAUCUUCGCCAUCUCAGAUAGUCCUUGGGUGAGCCCCGUGCAAAUAGUUCCGAAAAAGGCGGGAGUAACUGUUGAGGAGAACCAAGAGGGUGAGAUGGUCCCGAUAGCGAUAGCACCAGAGGAUCAGGAGAAAACUACCUUCACCUGCCCCUUCGAAAAGAUUAUUGAGGUGUUUAUGGACGAUUUUAGUGUGUAUGGGGAUAGUUUUGAUGAAUGCCUGGAUAAUCUAGCUUUAAUUUUGAAGAGAUGCAUUGAAGCAAAUUUAGUUCUAAAUUGGGAAAAAUGUCAUUUCAUGGUGGAUCAUGGUUUCUACAGGAGAUUCAUAAAAGAUUUCUCAAAAAUUGGAGCACCCCUGUUCAAACUAUUGCAGAAGGACGUGGCAUUUGACUUCACCGAAGAGUGCAAGGUGGCAUUUGACAGAUUGAGGGAGUCACUGACAUCACCGCCUGUUAUCCAACCUCCAGACUGGAGCCCCCCAUUUGAGAUAAUGUGUGACGCCAGUGACUAUGCAGUGGGAGCGGUGCUGGGGCAACGGAUUGGUGCCAAAAUAACAGUUUUCUCUGAUCAUGCAGCCUUGAGAUACUUGAUGACGAAGAAGGAUGCUAAACCAAGGCUCAUCAGAUGGAUCCUACUCCUUCAGGAGUUCAACUUGGAGAUUAAGGAUAAAAGUGGGGCAGAAAAUUUAGUUGCUGAUCACUUGAGCCGCCUACUUGCUCAUAAGGAGGAGCCACCAUUGAGGGAGGCAUUUCCAGAGGAACAACUACUUGCUGUGAACGCGUCUGUACCCUGGUGUCAAAGGGUGGGGAAUAUUUUUCGUAGGAACCAAAUGUUUCAAACCCCCAUGUUGUUUGUUGAAAUUUUUGAUGUUUGA